UCGAGCCUCAGUGCCAAUUGGGGCGCGCACUAUCUGCCCGGACAGACACGGCACUAUCGUCUUGUAAAGGCAUGGGUCCGGCUCGCAAAACAUCAAACAGUUCCUGUGUCUGUUUUCUCAACCUGAACUGCGUUGCACACAAGCAUCAUGAGCACAGAAUCGGCCCAUACGGGAGACACCUCAUCCGAUCAGCGUCUGCCGGUCACUUGUCGUUGCGCAUUGUGUUCUUACCUUGCAUCGGAUGAUCCUCCCCCUCGCCCUGAUAGCCCGGAACCGGACAGCGAUGUGUCACCUUUGCGUCUGAAGCCAAGACCUCCACUCAGCAAGGAAGAGCUCACUGCGGAAGUCGAAGCAAUCUAUACUGGGCUGAUCAUGAUCGAAAAAAAAUGCACCGACGUCCACCAGGAGCUACGGCUCCAGAGUGUCGAGCUCAAGGAUGAGCAGUGGCGGGCUCUACACACGCUUCACAGUAAACUCCUAGACGAGCAUCACGACUUUCUUCUUGCCAUCCAACAUCCAACAGCUCCGCCGAAUUUGAGAAGGCUUGCUAUGGAUCGUUCCAUGCCUGCUCGUAUGUGGCGGCAUGGAGUCCACCCGUAUCUCACACUUCUUCAGGACCAGCUACCUCAAAGUCAAGAACACCUGAGAACGUUCGUCAAUCUCGCAUAUGGGCUAUACGGCCACCUGCAUACGAGCAUUCCUACAUUCGCAAAGGCCUGGGCUGAGUGCCUCGGUCAUCUCGCCCUUGUUGCGAUAAUGGCCGCGAACGACGUCGACGAGUGCAAGCGCUGGGCCUCUAUCUCACAGGUUGGGUUUGAUGAAGCGUUGAACAGUGGGCCUACCUCUGACGCUGCAUCUGAUAACUCUCACGAACAAUCUGACGCGGCGUUUGAUGUUCCCCACGGCCGGGUGCAUGAACAACAGGUCACUGACGAAUGGGUUCUGCUUGGCGACGAUGAUCUGUAAUUAUAGCGGAACGACACGUUUCGAGUAGCGCACUAUACUUUCAAGAGUUUUGAACUGCAAGCAUUCGCCUCUCAACAAUAACGUUGAAGU